UCAUUACUCGAUCGUCCUCGAAAGGCGGAACGCCACUCGACAUGUUGGACCAGGUGUGGCUCAACGAAGACGACAUCGAUGCGCUCUUCCCGGGAUUAGGGCUUCACCGUCCUUGCACCGCUGAAGUACACCGCAACUUGAGUUCCACGUCCUACUGCCACAUCAUCGAAAGGCUGUGCUUCUGGAACUGCGUUCUGUGGCACGCCGGCUUCCAGCUGCGGGAGCUCACGGCACCCGGAGAACUGUCGCUGGUACGCGUGGCACGUGACGGAGGCCGACGGCAGGAACAGCAUGGUCGCGACGUGCGUCUCCUCUUCCACGUUCUUUUGGAGUGUCAUCGAUGCGUCGUCGGCGUGGAGCUCGACGAUGUUCUGGUGGAAGGCAGUGGACUCCGAGAGUUCCGAGUCCGCGUCUCGUCGGCGUUUCGGGACAACACGAGUCUGCGGUCACUGAAACUUGUCAGCCUUUUUUCUGACUACAGGUUCAUUCAGGAGGACUUAUUUGCAGACCUCGGCUCGAUGACUCAGCUGCGAGAGCUCGUGAUCUCGGCCACUGGCAAAGCUGUUUCCCGCCUAGUAGACGUUGUUCGUUCCCUGCUGCGCUCGGCAAGUCUCUCAACCCUGUCACUCUCGGGGCUACGUCUCAACGGGAUAAACUCACAGUUAUUGGUUAAAGCAGUUGCGGAGAAACCGCACAGUGACUGACUUGUCCGUUCACAGCAGCAUUCUUCACUCCUGGAAAUCUAAGGGCGUGCCCUGGUUUUCCGUCUACCUGAAAGAAAGCACUACGUUGUCUGCUCUAACAUUAGAGGGCAUGAACUCUGAGCCGGAAAACACUGUUAAAGAGCUAAGAGGUGUACUAGCUCCUGAAAUUGCUCCCAGUUCCCUCGAGAAACUCAAGCUUUCCGGUUUCCUCUUGGACUAUGGCUGCGUUUGCCUGCUUUCUUUAUUAGUGGCUAAACAGGGCGGCUCUCUAAAACACCUCGAUAUUAGCGGCUGCAGAUGGGUGUUGGAAGGUUCAAAAAAGAGCCUGGACGCACCAACAGACGACGUCCAACCGUUUGAACAAUGCUGUGUGGGGCUAGAGUCAUUGGACAAACGCGAAGAAGUCAGGCUGUCCCACCUCUCAGUCAACGUAAAAGGCUUGAAAUUACACGACUUCAAGACUCUGUUAUUUGUGGCCACCACUCUAGAGUCUCUCAGGAUCAUAUCAAUCUGCGACGUGGCACUAGACGUACUGCCCGAGAUCUGCCGGGCUGUUCGGCAGGCCGAGAUCAGCGACAUGGUCCACAUUACGGACGAAUACCUGGUCGACCCCGUGGCACUGUCCAAGCUCGAACACGUUCGCAAAGCAGUCAGUCACGUGGUCGUCAGUUGUCUCAGAGAGACGAGCGUCAGUGCCUUCCGCAAAACCGUACAUCUAGUGCGUUCUUGGAACCACGUGACUACUUUCCGACUCACUAUUUCAAAGGAGGCUAUGCGUGACGUCUUCAUGAUGUGGUCUUUGUGCUGCUACGUGAACGAGGCCUAAUACGCUGAAGGAGCUUGAACUGAGGGGUUGCAAUGAGCCAGACCUUAGCACCUGCCUCGGCGAAGUUACCGUCAACCACAGCCUUCUCCUGCAGGUUAUCUUCUCCAACUCGAGCCUACGAACUUUGCGACUGAGCCAGAUUCGGUUGGGUGAAGUCAACCUGAACUUUAUGGUCGACGCCGUGUAUUGCAACGAUACGUUGACCGAACUUGACUUCUCUUCAUGGGACCUUUCCGAGAACGACAGUCUGCUUCGCCUACUUGCCAUCGAUUUUGACAUCAACGAAACGCUAUUGCGCCUUCGCGUUUCCAACACUUCCUGCAAUAAUACGCAAAAUGAAGGAUGGGCCGUAAUCGAAGCCUUUCUCAGUCGCAACGUGGGUUUUGUCACGUGCGCGUCCCACUACGUGGUGCAAUUCGCAGACGACAAUCGCUGUAUGGAAGCCUUAGCUUCUAUUCGGAGAAGCCAGGCUCUGAUCGACAAAGUUCAAGAACUCGCUGCCAUCGACGAAGCUGAUGCGGCUUGCUUGGUCGAAGCUCUCGUCACCACGGACUUUCCGUGACGUUGCUUUCUUUCGCGUGUUCCACCUGUUGUAUUUGACAAAGAGGUCUGCUUUGCUCGGCUGUUGUAAACAUCAUCCCUUCGUUUUUCUGAGCGUGUUCAUACCUACAUGUGCAGGACUUUAGCGACGCGA